AUGUCCAAUACAAACUGUAAUGAGGAAGAGAACACCUUUCCCCUUCACGAAUGCGUAUUUGGAGGUGAUGUCCGUAAAUUGUCAUCGCUGUUGCGUUCCAACGAUGUGACUCUAAAAGACAAACAUGGAAACACUGCUUUGCACCUGGCAGUGAUGUUAGGUCGUAAGGAUUGUAUACAAUUAUUGCUUGCACAUGGGGCCCCAGUAAAAGUUAAAAACCUCGCGGGAUGGUCUCCACUUGCAGAAGCUAUAAGCUACGGCGAUCGUCAAACUAUUUCAUCUCUGGUGCGAAAGUUAAAACAGCAAGCUCGUGAGCAAAUGGAGCAGAGAAGACCAGAUCUCAUUAGAGCUUUAGAACAAAUACAAGAUUUCUACAUGGAGCUAAAAUGGGAUUUUCAUUCUUGGGUUCCCUUGGUUUCUAGAAUCCUACCUUCUGAUGUGUGUAAAAUCUAUAAAUGUGGUUCUAGAAUCAGGUUAGAUACCACAUUAGUAGAUUUUACUGAUAUGAAGUGGGAAAGAGGAGACUUGUCAUUUAUAUUUCAAGGCGAUAGGCCUACUUGUGAGUCACUGACUGUUUUAGAUAAUAAAGCUAAAGUUUAUCAAAGAGUUCGCUAUGAGGAAACAGAAAAUGAAAUAGAGGAUGAAGUGGACAUUCUGAUGUCUAGUGAUAUUUUGGCAGCUCAAAUGUCUACAAAAGGCAUUUUAUUUUCACGGGCUCAAUCUGGCUGGAUAUUCAGGGAGGACCGUAAAGAAACAGUUGCAGGAAUAUACAAAAGUGAUGUUUAUACUAUAACUGGUCUUGUUUUAGAGUCAAGAAAGAGAAGGGAGCAUUUAUCCACAGAUGACUUACAAAAGAACAAAGCUAUAAUAGAGAGUUGGACAAGAGGCAACACUCAAAAUUUAGACACAAAUGGAGAGCCUGUGCGUCGAGCUUCAUUAAAUCCACCUCCAGAGAGUAGUGUAGACUGGAACACAUACAUAUCAUCACCACCAGGGGAAUAUCCAAGUUUGGGGAGAGAAUUAGUUUACAAAGAGUCAUCCCGGAAUUUUCGUGCAACACUGGCUAUGAGUGAUGACUUUCCACUAAGUGUUGACAUGCUACUUAAUGUCCUUGAAGUAAUAGCACCAUUUAAACACUUUGCAAAAUUACGGCAAUUCAUUGCCAUGAAGUUACCAAAGGGAUUUCCGGUCAAAAUAGAUAUACCUAUCUUACCCACAGUUACCGCUAAGAUAACUUUUCAGAGUUUUGAGUUCCGUGAUAACAAUCCCCCUCAUUUGUUUGUUGUACCUGAGGAGUUUGUGGAAGAUCCUCUACGGUUUCCUGACUUAUGA